AUUUUUUAAUUACUCCUAUUAUUGUGUGUUGUAUUAGUUCUAUACCAGAAACUAUAAUUGUCGGCUUAAUUUAUGCGCGCACUUUUCUCUCUCCUAGGGUUUCUCAACAUCUCUCCGUCACUCAAUUUUCUCAAAGGUCUUUGAAGAUUGGGAUUAUUAGAUUGUUCUUGUAAAUAAAUUUAAUGGAGGUCUCCUCUGGCAUUGAUUUUAUACAAUGUCUUGGACCUGACAUGUCCAUAAAGAUUCUCAUGUGUUUGGAAGACCCCUCUGAUCUUGUUCGUGUUAGCUCCGUCUCGACUUCUUGGCGACAUUUUGUAAUUGAAAAUGGCCUUUGUAAGAAGCUUUGUUUACAGAUGUAUCCGGAACUAGGAGGUUUAUCACAUGUUAUUAAAGUGAACAAUGUGAUAAAACCUGACAAAUUCGAGCUCAACAAUUCUAUAGAAUGGACAUGCCUGAAAAGGGAUCAUAUAACAUAUGCCUUUCUAGCGCGAGGUUUUGACUCUUUUAUCAGAAAAGAUUGCUUAUUUGAGGCUAUUUGUGCAUCUAGUACUGAUAACUACCCUGAGGAAAGCAUUCAGAAUACGUUGGAGCCAAGUGAUUCAGUUGAUAAUAGAGUUUCAUACUGGUCAAGCGAAGGCGAAAGUAACCAUGCGGUUCCAGAGACAUUAUUAUAUAAGCUGACUUCAAAUUUGUGUGUUAUUACAGAAAUUCAUGUACAACCGUUCCAAGCCUUUUUUCAGUCUGGAUUCCCCAUUUAUUCUGCAAAGGCUGUUCGAUUUCGGACUGGGUAUCCCAGGUAUCCAAUGGACAUCCAAGAUGAAGCUGCAGGCGAGUCUAUUCACGGUUUUGCUGACAAGUUUGUUUGGACAUAUACCUCACCUGAAUUUCCAAUGGUUCAAGAAAACUGUUUGCAGAAGUUUAAGCUGCCAGAACCUGCUAUAUGCAUUGGGGGAAUCCUUCUAGUGGAGCUACUCGGUAGGGUUCAGAGACAAGAAAUGGAUGGUUUGUAUUACAUAUGCGUUGCACAUGUUCAAGUCGUGGGACGGCCUCUAUCUCCGACAUUUGACGUUGAGGUACUUGAUUCUUCAGGAAAGUGCAAUCUCAAGUACUAUCCUGAAGCAAGUUAUUGUUGGUCACCAACAAAAUCUGGUGAAGCAUGUACAAAUAGUCCUAGUCGUUUCCGGAUGUUUACUGCAAGCAUCAGGGGUUGGGAGCAGAUGAUACUGAAUACUUUACUUGGAGCUGGAGUUGAUGCUGCAGCUGAAGCUGCAGCUGGUGCUGGAGCUAAUAGUGAUUCAGAUGAUCUCGUCGCUUAGGUUUUAAUAACAGCCUAAUCCUUUCUUCCAAUUGUGCAGACCUUCUUUAGUAGUGAAAAAUUUCCUGUUUAGCCGCCUUCCUUGCUGGAGGGCUUUAAGAUGUGGAGUUAGCUUUCCUGUUUAGCUGUCAGACAUUUGUGUGAAUGUAAUCCAUUUCCAGUUCCACCAUGACAUAAAUAAUUCCAUGGUUUACCAUAUUUCUUUAGUUUAUGGUUCGCAAUAAUAUAUCAUGUAACAGUAUAAAUAAACCGUGCUGCAAUUAAGCAAGGAAUGUCAUACCUUUACCCUGUUAAUAUAAUUUUUUCUUUCACAAA